AUGUCUUCAUUGCUGCCUACACCGCUACCUUUUUGGCCAAAGAACACCCCGAAGCCCUCAAAUGACUCGUGGUUGCACUGGAGGAAGACAUUUGAGGAUUAUAUUGAACUACUCCCGAUUUUGUCACCCACGAUUGUACUAGACGUCCCAUCUAAGUUGAAACUCCUCCGGACGAAUCUCGGAGAGUUGGGACAACGAUAUUUCGAUGCCCUCAAUCUACAAAAGGCUACAGAUCUCCUAACAGCCUUCUCAAAACUCGAGUCAGCGUGGGGAGGAAAGGACAACGUCUUUCUCAGUCGCUAUCGGUUUUGUCAAAUGCGUCAAGAAUCCAAUCAAUGUGUCAGUGAUUUUAUUACUAAUCUGACUCUGGCCAUUCAGGACUGUGGGUAUAAACAGAUCAAGGCAGACCACUUCGAUCACGCAAUGCUCGUUCAGCAGUUGAUCGUCGGUCUACGCGAUGAAAAAGCUCGGGAAAAUCUCUUAUCAGAGAAGAAGGAUUUGUCAUGGGAGAAAGCCUGUGAUAUUGCCAGUCAUCAGGAGCGCGUGCGACAAAACCUUCAGCAGCUGAAUCAGUCAAACUAUGGAGUGAUAGCAUCCUUGGAAUCGGAAAUGGCUGUCUCCCUGGUCAACACUGCUGUGUCUUCACCUAGACAGCGACCAUCAGCUCCCUCAAAACAACUACCAUCAUGCUACCGUUGUGGCCAGCAUCAUAUCCGGUGGUCAGACUGUAGACACCAGAAGACGGUAUGCCAGUUUUGCAAGAAAGUCGGCCACAUCGAACGAGUGUGUUUCUCCAAAAGACGAGCGAAUAGUAACACGCAUGCGACCUACCCUAGUCCAGCUGGGGAUGGUGAGGCGAUACUCCAAAUGUUUCCGGCCAACGCUACUCUCCAAUCCCCCUACACCAUCACGCUUCCGGUUGAUCAUCAUCCCGUGAAGUUUGAAAUCGACACUGGCUCAGCUGUUACUCUCAUCAAUGAGACCUCUCUUCAGAAAGUACCCUCUCUCCUACCGGCCAGCUCAACAUUCCGUAGUUACACUGGACAGAACGUAGACGUUCGAGGGGUCUUUACAGCCGAAGUCGAACAUGAUGGAGAACUUCAUUACUUGCCGGUUCAUGUGGUGAGAGGAAGCCAGCAACCGAAUCUCCUUGGACGAAAUUGGAUUAAAUGUGUGCCUUCUGUGCUAUCCCAUGUACAUCGGAUUGGUGUAAAUCCGGCUUUAGAUUCAAUUUUGUUAAAUCAUAAGGAUCUAUUUCGUGACGAUUCAGCUACCCACUACCGCGGUCCACCUGUUAAGUUUCAGUUUCAGUCUGAUUUCCGGCCCCGGUUCUUCAAAGCUCGUACAGUCCCCUAUGCACUCGCACCGAAGGUCGAAGAAGAGCUGGAUCGCCUACAGAAAGCGGAUAUUAUUGAGCCCGUGCAAUAUUCGGAAUUGGCAGCCCCAAUAGUUCCUGUUCUUAAAACCGAUGGUUCUGUGCGUAUCUGUGGCGACUACAAGCUGACAAUCAACUCAGCAACUAAACUGAACCCUUAUCCUCUCCCGCGCAUCGAGGAUCUGUACGCAUCUCUCUCAGGUGGUCAUCAAUUUACAACUUUGGACCUAAAGCAUGCCUACAACCAAGUCUUCCUAGAUACUGAAUCCCGAGACGCCACCACCAUCAAUACGCAUCGGGGUUUAUUUCGAUAUAAAAGACUACCAUUUGGAGUAAGUUCGGCUCCCGGUUUAUUUCAAUGCUUGAUUGAUAAUCUCGUGAAGGAUAUACCUCACGUUUGCGCAUAUCUUGACGAUAUAUUAGUUACCGGCCCAUCUGAACAUAGUCAUCUAGAGACUCUAAACAUCGUGUUAGGACGUUUAGAGGACGCCGGUUUUAAACUCAGGAAAGAUAAGUGCACUUUCCUUGCCGACUCGGUAGAAUACCUGGGCUUCAGGGUGGAUAAAACUGGCCUCCAUCCACUCGAACAUAAGCUCAAAGCCUUGAAGACGGCGCCGCGCCCAAAAAAUACUAGUCAAUUGCGUUCAUUCCUGGGGUUAGUCACCCACUUUAGUCGCUUUAUGAAUCAAUCGGCUACAAUUCUCAAACCUCUUUAUCGACUACUUGAAAAGAAUUGUGGCUGGCACUGGUCGGAGGUCGAACAAAGUGCUUUCGAACAGGCAAAGGCGGCUCUUACCUCCUCAUCUGUCCUAGUUCACUAUGACCCCGAAAAGCCUAUCAUACUGAAAUGUGAUGCGUCUCCGUACAGCGUAGGUGCCGUUCUCAUGUAUCGAAUGCCUUCGGGUUCGGAGAUGCCGAUUGCUUUUGCAUCAAGAACCAUGUCACAGGCGGAAAGCAACUAUUCGCAACUAGACAAAGAGGCCUUAGCAAUAAUGUUUGGCCUACAUCGGUUCCACCUGUAUCUUUUUGGCCGACACUUUGAAAUUCACACUGAUCACAAACCCCUCUUAGGUUUGCUGGGAGAAAAACGAGGGAUACAACAGAGGUCCUCGCCAAGAAUGCAACGAUGGGCACUCACUUUAUCUGCUUACACGUAUGCAAUGAAAUACGUUACAGGUAGUGCAAACGUAGUGGCUGACGCCUUGAGUAGGCUUCCUAUCGUGGACGAUGGCAUUAACGGGGCACCUGUUUUUGAGACCGUGAAUCUUUUGCAGAAUCUAGUCAACGCGCCUGUAACCUGUCAACAAAUUCGACAGUGGACAUCGAGAGACCCUCUCCUAAGUCGGGUAAAAAGAGCCUUACAAUCUGGCUGGCCGUCCUCUACCUCCUCUGA